UAAACUGAAACUGAAACAUGGCAUAAAGCCAUAAAACCACCGCCUCCAACGAUCUGACCUCUAGGGUUUUAAGCCUCCUCGCCGUCGCCGCCAUGAAUGGGAACUCCGGCGAGGGUCACCCGUGAGGCGGCCGACCACCUUCCCUGCAGCCUCCAGGCCGCGCUAACCACCGUAUCCACCGCCCAGAUCCUCCGCUCGUCCGGCUACACCGCGGCGGAGCCCGCCGCUCUCCGCGCCCUCUCCGACAUCGCCGGCCGCUACGUGGCCUCCCUGGGCCGCGCGGCCUCGGCCAUCACCGAGGCCCACGGCCGCACGGAGCCCAACCUCGUGGACCUCACCCUCGCGCUCGAGGGCCACGCGGCCGCCGGGUUCCCCGGCGCGUCGGACCCCGCUCGCCCCGUCCUCCGCUCCGGCGUGCUCUUGGAGCUCGCCGGCUUCGUCCGCGCGGUGCGGGAGGUGCCGUUCCCGAAGCCCGUACCGCGGAGGGCAGGGAACCCAAGCUGCAAGGCGUGGGAGAGCUUUGCGGCGGCGGGGAAGGAGCCACCGCUGAAGCACGUGCCGCGGUGGCUGCCGUGCUUUCCCGAGAAGCGGGAGCCCGAGCCAAAGGCAACAAACGAGGGGGCGGCGGCGAGGUGGGAAGCGCGUAGGCGCGACGAGGGGGAAGCGAAUGUUGAGGAAGCGGUGGCAGUGAAACCAAGCGGUGAUGGAGCGGGGGGCAGGGGAUUAUUACCGGAGAAGAGGGGGAAAGUGAGCUUUCGCUUGCGGGAGGGGGCGAAGAACCGGCGAUUGGGAUUGGACCGGCAGUGUGACGGUGGCCUCGAACGAUUGGAGGAGAAACGAGAAAAUUCCGCGGCAAUGGUGGUUCGGCACGGGCGCGCGGCGAACCACCGGCCGCUCGGCCAUGGUGACGGCGGAGGAACGGAGUUGGCGCUGUCCGUUCCAGUCGUGGGGUUGAAGACGAGUUGAGCUUUUCAGGAGCUUUGGGCCGUGAAUGGACUGCGCCUACAGGCUAAAGCCCACUGUGCACUUCACUUGCCUCGUGGCCGAAACUGUCAAAAGGCUCCAGUGUUCGGGCGGCUGCUCGAUCCAACGGAACGGGACGCACCAUUGUUGUACAAGUUAAUAUUGAGCGGCCACAAUUAUCUUUAGGUUUGUUCAGGAGUUGAAUUUGGCCUAGAUUUCGUGGUUUCCAAUUCCACUAUACUCUAAUGAUAU